AUGCCCGGCUUUGGCGGCGGCUUUAAUGGCGGCGGCGGUCGCGGUAGGGGUGUGUACGGCGAUACCAAUAGCAACCGCAACAGCAGCUAUGGCGCCGCCGCCGCCGCCGCCGCCGCCACCGAACCCCAGCCCACCGCUGGAGAGAGAGGCUACCGUCGCAGGAAGAUCGCCGCCAUGGCCAACAACGUCUACCGAGCCGGCGCCUCUGCCGUGAACGAGAUCAAAGAAGGCUACGCCCACAUUCCACGCGCCGGAGAAUCGGGGUUCGAGGACUUCCACUCCAGGAUCUCCAUCCCCGGCUCCUUCCCCGACGUCGCCAUCGCCACCGGCGGAGACAACCAGCUGGUCAUAUUCCCCUCGUAUGCGAAACGUCAUGUCAAGCGGCACUGGACCCUCGAGCCCGAGUCCGAGAACCAGACCCCUACAUCCCAAGGCAGUCUUCGCGACGAGGACUACUGGCGCAGGCAGUGGGAAAGGGACCAGGACGAAAAGGCCGUCGUCGACGUCGAUGUCCGGGGCUGGGUCUACUCACCCCACAGGGGUCCCAUGACGAGGCGGAACCGCGUCUUGAUCGGCCUCGCGCGCCAGCUCAGUGGCGUUCCCGCCCCACAAACCGACCCGGGGCGGCCUUUGGGAGGAGAUUCCGACUACGUCAGCCUUCGCGAGUCUCUGGAGGAGAAGAGAGAGCGAGAAAACAUCGCUGAGCAGGCGGCCGAAAUCGAAAUGAAGGGGCAGGAAGAGAAGCGAGUAGCAAGUCAAGGUGGCUACAGCGAGCCGCCCGAGCCCGACAGUGAGGGCGAGGGCGAGGGCGAGAGAUCAGCCGACCAGGACCGCCACAUGGAUCUCACCCCGGGUCGGUUGUCCCGACGUCCCAAACUUGCCGCCGUGUCAGCAGCAGCGGCAGCAGCGGCAGCGCGGCCGCAAGACGGGCCGGCGCGCGAGAUGAACGAUGCCGAGCUCGCCGUCGCCAACGCCAACCUGAUGGCCAGGAUCGCUCCCUUCCUGACCACACCCCUGGUCGACCUCCCCAUCACCGUCUUCUUCUACAACGACGACAAGUCGGCCUCUCGCACCGUCCAGACCAACGACGCCGGGCGCUUCGUCAUCCGAGCGCCCCUGGACUUCAUCCCGACCCAGGUCCGCGUCUUGGUCAACGAGGACCUUUCGGCCACCCAGGAUGUCAAGCUCAUCGAGCCUUACGGCGUCAGCUUGAUCAGCGACAUCGACGACACCGUCAAGCGGUCCAACAUCUCCUUCGGCGCCAAGGAGAUCUUCCGAAACACCUUCGUCCGCGAGCUGCACGACUUGACCAUCGACGGCGUGCGAGAGUGGUACAACAAGCUGCACUCCAUGGGCGUGGCCUUCCACUACUGCUCCAACAGCCCCUGGCAGCUGUUUCCCGUGCUGGCCAGCUACUUCAUGAUUGCCGGCCUCCCCCCGGGCUCCCUUCACCUCAAACAAUACAGCGGAAUGUUACAGGGCAUCUUCGAGCCCGUCGCCGAGCGGAAACGCGGCACCCUGAAUCGGCUGCUCAGGGACUUCCCCAACCGGCAGUUCUUGCUCGUGGGCGACAGUGGAGAGGCCGACCUCGAAGUCUAUACAGGGUUGGCGGCGGAACAUCCGGGCCGCAUCCUUGCCAUCUUCAUCCGAGACAUCACGACGCCCGAGCAGACGGGUUAUUUCGACGCCUCCUUCGGCGCGGGAGACGCUCGCCCAAGACCAAGACCAGUGCUUCCAGACCCUAGAGAUGCGGUACGCAGCCGUCCAAGCCCUCCGCCUCGGGCACCGGCCCAAUCCGCCGCCGGGCCUGCCAUGGGCGAUCUGAUUGAUUUUUCCGAGGAGCCCGAGACGACGCCGGUUAGCAAUAACACGGCCACGCUCUCCCAACUAGAACUACUACAGCCGCGGCACUCGGCUAGUACGGGUGAUCUCCUCACCAAGAGAGCACCUCCGCUACCAGCAAAACCGGCCUCCCUACGAAGCGCAUCGUCGACGGAACAGGUACACCGGCAAGAUACUAUCGGCCUCGGUGUCGUCUUGAGACGGGUCAAUUCGAAGGGCGUCCCGCCGCCUGCGAUUCCCAGGAAGCCACUCGGCGGCAACAAUAGCGGCCGCUCGCAUCAUCCCCUCUCCCAGACGCAAAACACGUCCCAGCAGUCAUCGGCAAGUAGUGACGAACGCGCGACGUGGCCGGCCGUGUCUCGGACGACCGGUGACUCCGCGGGGUCAAGACACAAUAGAAGCCAUCCACCCCCUCCUCCUCCGCCACCACCUCGACGUCGCGAGACGCCUCCAUCAUCGGGUACGAACGGCGGCAACACGUCGACCCCGCGCACCUUGCCCAUUCGCCAGCGCGCGCUAUACAACAAUCAUUACGACAUGGACGCCGACUACGACCGCGGCCACGACUACGGCCAGGACCACGACUACGACCACGACUACGACCACGACUACGACUACGACACGGUGCGGCCAUCUUCGGCACCGCUCAAGGCGUCGUCGUCCUUUGCGUCGUCGCGGUCCUCGGGUCUCUCCUCGGGAGGAUCCCCGCCGCUCGGGGGGCCGAGCGGCACGCAGAACAAGAAGGUCGAGGUGUGGUUGCGGCGGCUGCAGCGCGCGCACGAGACGCUGGCGGCGCAGGGGGUCGCGCUGUAUACGUGGCGGAAGGGGGACGAUGUCGUUGCUGAGGCGGUGGGCCUCGUUGAGGACGCGGUGAGGAAACGAAGGGGCGGUAAAGGAGGGCGGUAA